GUCCAAUGUUGAGGGGAAAGAUAUAAAAUUUUAGAUCCAUGUAUUAAUACAAGACAGGUACUGAGUGUCCGUUGUUCUAAUCCAUUUGAUUUGUUCCCCAGCCCUGUUAUAUUUCUUUUAGAGGCAUGGUGGGUGGGAAUGCAUCAUCAGUAACUGAUUUCAUCCUUAUGGGACUCUUUCCUGAGUUUCAGCAUUCCAUUGUUCUCAACUUUAUGAUUAUUUUCAUCUACAUUCUUGCUUUUCUGGGAAACUUACUUCUCAUUGUCUUGAUUUGGGGGGACUCUCAGCUCCAUACACCCAUGUACAUUCUCCUCAGUCAACUCUCCCUCAUUGACUUGACAUUAACUUCUACCAUUAUUCCGAAGACAGCCUCUAACUUUUUCACAGGGAAAAGGACCAUAUCACGGAUUGGCUGUGGAACGCAGAGUUUCUUCUUCCUGAUGUUGGGAAUGUCAGAAUGCCUCAUCUUGACUCUCAUGGCUUAUGAUCGCUACGUGGCUGUCUGCAUCCCACUGCGUUAUCCCACCAUCAUGAGCCCCAGGUUCUGCCUGCACAUGGCUGCUGGAUGUUGGAUUGGAGGCUCCAUAGGUUCAUUUAUCCAUACAGUCUACCCUAUGCAUUUUCCCAUCUGUGGGUCAAGGGAGAUCCACCAUUUCUUCUGUGAGGUCCCAGUCCUCAUUAAGCUUUCCUGUGAAGACACGUCAGUGUACCAGUUAGUGGUGGUGGUUACAAGCAUUGUACUGCUUGUUGUGCCUUUCAGUCUCAUCAUAGCUUCCUAUACACUCGUCUUCCUCACUGUCCUCCGUAUGAACUCUGUCAAGGGCAGGAAAAAAGCCCUGACCACCUGCUCUUCCCACUUAACUGUGGUAAGUCUCUUCUUUGGCCCAAACAUAUUCAUUUACAUGACUUUCACUUCCUCACACAGUCCAGAGCAGGACCAGGCUCUCUCUCUUUUCAGCAACAUCCUCACCCCCAUGCUGAACCCCCUUAUCUACAGCCUGAGGAAUAAGGAGGUGGUGGCAGCACUCAUGAAGUUGAUGGGGAGAUGUGGGGUAUCUUAAUAGAUAAGGAACACUUCUCAGCUGGAAAAGAACAUGCUUGUGACCAUGGACUAAACUACAGUUCA